UUAUUCUCGAAAUCACACGAUGUGAUCAUUCCCACAUAGGAUGGGAUCGUUCAUAUCACACGGUUUUCUCUCAGUGUACAUAGAACCGUAUUCUUGAAUGACAAGAGAAGAAGGAUUCUCCUAGGAACAACAUGUCCAACCCAUGGUCCAACGUUGUCGGUUUUCAAGAGAAGACAUCAGCCAAUAAAAAUAUUGAAUCACUGUUGUCCUAGUAACGCCAUUCAUUUAUAAAUGUCAAAUUUGAUUAAAGACGUCAAUUUUUCUGUUAUUAGUUUUUGUUCUUGGUUUAGUGCGCUCUUCGACGAAGAAUAAUAGACUAUCACAGGUAAAACUUUAUCUUAAUAGGGAGCAAUUUAUGAAUCAUCCCCUAGAAAUUUGUUUUUCAUAAAUUUUUUCGAUAGAGAUGGAAGGUAAUACAAAAAAGGCGGUGAGAUGUGGUUCCAUAACCGCAAGACAAAAAGAAAUGCUGGUGGCAUUUAUGGAAAAUCAUCCCCAAUUGAAAACGGGAAAAUUUUCAAAUAUUUUUACCCAUAAGGACGCUAGAAAUUUAUGGAGCGAAGUAACCGUUGUUCUGAAUCAAUGUCCAAACGGCAGUAAAAAGGAAUGGGAGCAGUGGCGAAAAGUAUGGCAGGACUUAAAAAAAAAUGCCAAAGCCAAAGCUGCUUCCAUUUCAAGUAAUUUAAGAAAAACUGGGGGUGGGCCGGGAUCCGAAGAAACAAUGGACCAACUGGAGAGCAGCAUUAUAGAUUUAAUGGCUCCUACAGAGAUACAUGGAGAUAUGGGUGUAUCAGAGUCACAAGUCUCUUUUGACGGAAUUUCGGUACUUGGCAACACUGACGCAGCAUCAUCCUUUAGUAUUAAUAACCAUGUAAACGACAAUGUAGAAGCUUCCACAUCCACAAUUUCUACAAUUCCCGUGAAAAAUUCGAAGGCAGUGACGAAAACUAGGCGGCUCAACAAGACUCACAGGUUAAAGACAUCAUUGCAAGCUUCGGAGCGAUUACUCACAAUAAGUGAGAAAAAAGAGCAGUACCUGCAGUCUUAUUACAAAGAAAAAAUCGCUAUUUUGAAGCAAGCGGAAGAAAGACGCAGGAAUUAUGAAAACAAAAAAUUAUGCUUUCUCGAACAGCAAGUUAAUGUCCAACAGUCGUUACUGGAAGAACUACGACAGCUAAAAACUGCAAUUCUGUCCCGCAAAUAA